AUGGGUUCUCCUCUGUCUCCAAUUAUAGCUAACAUAGUGAUGCAAAAUUUAGAAAGUAGAGCCUUGAAUACAAUUAAAUUUACACCACCAUUCUACUUCAGAUAUGUUGACGAUAUUAUCACCGCUUGUCCGUUCAAUCUUGUCGACCACGUACUAACCAUAUUUAAUUCAUUUAACCCUAGACUACAGUUCACUAUUGAAGUUGAAAAUAAUAAGACUCUGAGUUAUUUGGAAAUUACUAAUAUAUCCGAAAAUAAUAGAUUAUAUUUUAAUUGGUACCAUAAACCAACGUAUUCCAGUAGAUAUCUGAAUUUUCACUCACAACACCCUGAGUGCCAAAAAAGAAGCACAAUUUUCAGUUUGGUUGACAGAGCCUACAGAUUGUCGGGUCCUAAGAUUCAUCGUAAUAACAUAAUAGAUAUUAUCGAGAUUUUACUUAAUAAUGGUUAUCCUUUAAAAUUUAUAUUUGAUAACAUUAAUCAGAGACUUCGUCAUCUGUUACAUAAUGAUACCGCUAAUAAACCUGAAAUUGAAAAGGAAAAUGUUUCAUAUUUUACAGUUCCUUUCAUUCCAUCCUUGACUAACAAUAUGAAAAACUUUAUUAAAGACACGGAUACCGUCUUGUCAUACUUUAGCCUGAACAAACUUAGUACUAUCAUUAAGGUCCAUAAAGACGUUAUUCCAAAAGGCUCUCACACUAAUGUCGUUUAUAAGAUUGAAUGCGAGAAGUGUGACGCAACAUAUGUUGGACAAACAGGCAGAAAAUUAAGUACUAGGAUAAAUGAACACAAGAAGAAUAUUAAUAAAAAUAUAACGAAUAGGUUUGUCAUCACAGAACAUGGAUUGAAUUUUAAUCACGAUUUUAAAUGGGAUGACGUGAAGAUUUUAGACAGAGAAACCUUUUAUUACAAAAUACUAAUUUCUGAAAUGAUUUACAUUAAACGACAACGUAACGGCUUAAAUUCACAAACAGACACAGAAUGCUUUCCUGACAUAUACAAUAAUUUAAUAAAUAAACUUCCUGAUGCUUAA